AUGAGUCAACUGGGCAUUGAUAUUGGUUAUCAAGCUGAGGAAAAGAAACGUGAUCAUCUUCUUAAGUAUAUACCAAAGCGCGAAGAUUUACCUCCGCGUUCGAUGAGAGAAUCGUAUAUAAUGGCGACUAUACCUUUACGUACAGAUAAGGCUAUGCAAGAGAAAUAUGUUAGCGACGUGGGUACCGUUCGAUUGGGUCGUUUAAUAGAAGCAAUGGAUUGUUUUGCCAUUUGGGUUUGCCAGCAAUACGUUAAAAUUCCCAAUUUACCGCCGAAUGAGCAUUUGCCAUAUAUUUUUGUUAAUAUUAUUGUUGAUAGUAUGAGUAUCUUAGGACAACUUCCUAGUUAUGAUAAAGAUUUACGCAUAUCGGGUUACGUUUCAUCGGUGGGUAAAACGUCAUUAGAAGUAGCAGUAUGGGUGCAUUUUAUUAACGGCAAAAUUAUGUCAAAGUUAACUCAUGGGAAUUUCUUAAUGGCUGCUCGUAAUGCAAUCAAUAGUGGAUCGGCUCCUGUAAAUCCUCUUAAAAUCGAGACAGAGGAAGAGAAAAAAAUUUCGCAAGAAGCUAAGACACGUAAAAAAUUUCGAAAAGAAAGUCAAAAAGCAUCCGUAUGGCAAAAGAAACCCACGCAGGAGGAACAUGAUUUAAUAUACGAUUUCGUUGAAAAGACGACCGAUAAGCAAACGCUUGAAUUAAAUAAACGCAUUUUACCUGAAAAUGGCCGUUGGAUGUCCGAUUCAUUUGCAUUAAAUAAUAUCAUGUCAUUUCCGGAGAAUCGUAAUGCUCAAAAUACCGCCUUUGGAGGUUUCCUAAUGAGAAAUGCUUUUGAAAUAAGCUUUAUAACCGCAUUUAAACAUUGCAAAACUCGACCAAAACUCGAGUAUGCCUUUGAAUUUAGUUUCGAUAAGCCCGUGGCAAUACAAUCACUGCUCCGAAUGCUAGCCUAUAUAAUAUAUGUUGAAAAGAAUUAUAUGUUAGUGAUGGCAAUUAAUGAUGUUCUUGAGCCGACAACAACCGAAAAAAUUACUUCGAAUGUUUCAUAUUUCAUAUUUUCCGGAUCAACAGAUCAUGUUCAGCAGAUUUAUCCUCGUUCAUAUCAUGAAGCACUUUUAUACAUUCACGGUCGACGCAAAUUCCAAAAUGCCAAUCUUAGUAGUAGACCAGAUAAUGCAGCAACGGAGAAUCAAUCGAAAACCAUUUGCAAGUGA